GGAAUGACCAACCACCAGAGUCGGUGUCUGAGGGCAGGACGCCGCGGGAAUCAGCAUGGAGGCCUGCAGGAGAGCCGGACCUCUGGGGGAACCCACAGGAACAGCCAGAAUUGGCACUUGAGAUGUUGGGAGCCCCCUGCCCGUCGGAAAGCAGAUCUGAGACUGAUGGCCAUCAGUAUGCCACCCUGGUCAAUGCUGACACAAGUGCAGAGGCCCAGGAUUUGGAACUUUCUAUAGAAGAAAUGCUGAUCCGACUAGAUGAGUUCUGCGCCAUGAUGGACAGGAUCAGAAGUGAAACAUCCCUCAUCCUAGACGACCGAAUUCCAGCGAUUAAACUCCGAGUGGAGGAAAUGAACAAGAUCUACUGUCAGGUGGAGAAACUGGAGUCAUUUGUGAAGAUGGUUAGACAUCAUGUAUCUUACCUGGAGGAGGAGCUGAUCCGAGCAGAGUCGGAUAACAUGUCCUUCCCACGUGCCAUCAGCAGGGUCCUGGCAGGAGCUAUUCUCCCGGUGUUCCGACAGGUUAAAACAGGGGAAAAAAAACUUCUCAUCUUAAGUAAAUACUCCAGACAUUGUAAUUUGGGCCACAUGGGAGCUGCUUGACCACUGCAGGAAAGGGUUCACCAUUGCAUUGUAGUAAUUAUACACUUUGAUUGACAGCUCUCCUCCAUACAGAAUCUGUAGUUAAUGACCAGACCCAGACAUGGAGACAGAAUGUCUAAUGGUUCCCCACCACCGCAGAAAAAAAAAAACAACAACCAUGUAAAUCUAUUCCAUUCUGUGUCCUGGUUGUCAUCUUCCUUCCUCAGCCAACCAGGACUGGGAAUACUGUAUGUGCGGUACAGUCAUUUUAGUGGCAUCAACACAGGAUCAUGCAGAUCCAGUGAUGUCACCCAUCAGCAGCAUUUUCAGUGGUAUUGUAACCCUAUCACAUAUCUCUUGUCAUGGUGCUGUAGUUACGGCAAGGUGGGUCCCUUGGCGUAGGAUAUCGUUUUGCUGCCUUGUCUGCCCCAUUUCCCAGUAUAUGCUGUGUGCUAAAUUAAGGUUCCUGUAUUUUUAUUUCAUCUCAUUUGGUAUUUUGCCAUCUCUGAUCUGUCGCCACAUACAGACGACACUUCACCCCCCCACUGUUGUGUCUCCAGUGCCAUCUGUGCCCUCCCACCCCUGCAGGGCCUCUUGUUUCCCCAGGGCACAUUCACAUGUGCUGUGUUUUGGGGAUUUUAUUUUCUUUGCACACUUUUUUUUUUUAAAUCUAUUGGGUCAAGAGUCGUGCAAACUAAAAUCUAUUACUGGCAUAGGUAUUAUUCAGGAGGAAGAGUAGUUUGGGGACCCCAGUGAUGAUGAGAGGAUGCCCAUGAGAAUAUGGCUGCUGCUCUCAGUCUGUGACCAAUGCCUCAUGGAGUUAGAGGUGUUUGGUUUGAAGAACCUGGUGAUCUGAUGGACGGGAGUGGUUAGGUGCUCUGCCAGUUUAAUGCAGGUAAAUCUGCUGCUCAGGUUGCAGAUUGUCCCUGAGAGAUUGUCUAAAACUUUGUAAAAUAUUGCAAGAAAAUUUAGACUAGCACAACCAUAAAGCUAGCAUAUAAACAGCAAACAAAAUAUGGCAGCACACUGUUAUACAUGCAAACAAAAGCACUAGGGAUUAGAGAUUAUUCUGGAUUACAGUGGUACUAUACAUGAAAAAUGAAGCUCUAUCAUCUACCAUCAACAAGGCUU